AUGGCACACUCGUAUCUGCAAACAUUACCUCACAUGUCCUAUCUCCAGAAACACAAAAAAAAACUUUCUAAAAAGCAAGCUGUUUCCUGGGAAAACACCUAAUAAUUCCACGUCAUCAGGGCACACCAAUCUCCGCGUCCUGCCAGCAAGCAAGCACUUCUACAUGAAAAGCAGAGUGUGUGUGUGCAUGCGCCCCAGUAAAAUCGCGCGCACAUACACCCAAGUUCAAGUGUUCAACCCAGGUACUCAAUUGCAGAGAGACCCAGCCCAGCCAUCCAGAGGAGGAAGAGAUUGAGGGACACUGGCCUCUCCUUUUCGUGUGGGGGUCUCUGAUGCUUUCUUCCCCGCGUCCUUCUUCCAUCCAUGCACCAAGGAAUCCAAUUCUUAAUCCAACUUUGUCCAAAAAUAAUUUCCUCGCACCAAUUCCUCUUCAUUUUUUUUGUUUCUCCUUUGACCAAGAUUGGUGUUGGUGAGCGAGUUGACAUAUAUACCCAUGGGGCCGCCGCCGCCUCCUCAACCUCCGCACGGGCUCUGUUUCGGCGCCGCCUCGUGGACAUGGGGAAUCGGGGAGCAGGGCCGCAGCAGUAACGGGAUGGAGGGGGGCGACGGCGGAGGAGCCGGGCUAAGGUUCCUCCUCCGGUUCGACCCGGAGAAGCCGGGGCUCGACAGGACCCUGCUCGGCGUCUCACUCUCCGCGCUGCUCACCCGCCUCCUCGGAUGGAGCAAGGACGGCGGACGGGGGAGAGGGUCCCUGGCGAUCGUGGGGGAGGAAGCUGCCAUCGGCGGCUCCGGGAACGCUGCCGUGUCCGCCGCCGCGCUUGCCGCGGCGGUUUCGCUUUGCCUCGCGGCGGUGUACGCGUCUGAACAGCGCCCGCGCCGCGCUCCGCCGCCGCCGCCACAGCUCCGGCGGCGGCAGCGGCGGCCUCUGCCGCCGCCGGAUUCAGCUGCGAGGCCUCGUGCUCUACCGGCGCCCGGCGACGGGCUCAGGAUUCUGUCGGCCAACGAUGAAUCUUCGGAGAACGUGAUUCACGGCGCGUCCGUCGGCGCCGGAGAAGACGAGCCGGAUAUCGUCGCGCGAGUGGUGAUCGAGGCCACGCCGCCGGCCGAAAUCGCCGGAGCGAAUGCCGCCGACGGAGCGGAGCCGGACGGGUCGGGGGAAGAAGAGCGGCGGGAGCGCGAGCGGCUGCGGGAGCUGUGGCUGUCGCUGCUGGAGCGGGAGCAGAGGCUGGAGCUCCGGCUGCAGGAGCUCGAGGGCCUCCGGGCGCAGGAGGCCACCGUGCGGGAGCUCGAGGGCCGCGUCGCCGCCGCCGCCGCCGCGGAGGAGCGGCUCCUGCAGCUGAAGGUCGCCACGCUGCAGGAGGAGAACGGGAGGCUCCGGGCGGAGGUGGAGGAGCUGGGCGCCGCCCGCGCCGAGCUGGCGCGCGCCAAGGAGAAGCUGCGCGCGAUCAAGGCGCGGGUGCAGGCCGAGCUGGAGGAGGCGGCGGCGCUCCGGGCCAAGGUGGCGGAGCUGGAGAGGGGCGGCGAGGAGACGGCCGGUGCGCUGGCUGCGGAGGUCGCGGAGCUGCGGAAGGCGAACGCCGCGCUGGAGGAGGAGAACCUGGUGCUCGCGCUCAGGCUGCAGGAUGCGCGACAGGCUGCUCCAUCCUCUGUUAAUCCAGCUCUUGAGGACAUGGCUGAGGAGGUGAGGUACCUGAGGGAGAGCAACGAGAGGCUGACGCGGCAGAUCGAGCAGCUUCACGACGACCACUGCGCGCACCUCGAGGAGCUCGUCUACCUCAAGUGGGUCAACGCCUGCCUCCGCCACGAGCUCCGCGACCACGACGGCCGCCUGAGUACCGAGCAACCGGACCACGACGAUGGCAGCGCCGGAGACGUGUCCGCCCUGGAGCUGAGCAGGAGCAUGAGCUUCCGCUCCAGCGAGAGGGCCAGGCAGCUGCUGCUCCGGUACGGCCACCCCGGCCUCGAGGGCUUCGAACCCGCCCUCUUCUCCCCGCUGCACGAGUCGGUCGACGGCGACGGCGACGCGCGGUCGCCGGCGCGCAGCUACUACGAGCCGGAGCGGAGCCCUCAUGCCAUGUCGGAGAAGCCGAUGUCAGCCGGCGGCGCCGCGGCGCCAGGGAAAAAGGCCGGGCCGCGCAAGCUCAAGUUCCUGGGCAACAUCAAGAAGCUCCUCCCAGGCGGCAAGAGAGGCCACUCAUCAAGCCACGGGCGCGGCGGACGCGACGGCGGCAGGAAUGCCCCGGCGGCGCCGCCGCCGAGCGACGAGUACCUCGAGAAGGCCAUGCGGUGGCUGUCGACACACGACGUGCUCGACGGCGACCACUCGUACGAGAGCACGCCGCUGUCGUCGUUCGCGCGGACGCCGCUGAGCAGCGUGACGACCGCCACGACCGCGGACUCGCGCGCCCGCGGCGGCGGCCACAGCGAGCACGGGGAGGCGGCGCGCCACCCGGAGGGUGAGCCGGCACUGCUGGCGCGGUCGAAGAGCGACGCCGGCAGGUCGUACGGGCGGGAGGCGAGCCGGUACCACGCGCUCCGGCCGGACCACCCGGCCUCCGGCGGGGUCGAGCCGGACGGGUUCCGCGCGCCGGAGAAGCGAGAGCGGCGGAGGCGGUCGGAGGAGCUGAGGAGCCCGGCGGCGGCAUGAUGACGACAGAGUGUGAUGGUUUGCUGUAUGCAAAAGGUAGGGUUUUUUUGUGAAUAUUUGUGAUCAAUGUUCAAGGGUGAACCUGGAUCGAGGAAGUGCCAUGGUGUUGAGCCGAUAAAAGACGACGUGAGAGAAGAUCGGCGCCCGCGAUCAUGUAUGGAUGGAUCAUGAUAAUAACAUUUUGGGUUGCCAGAUUGGCUGUGCUGUGCAGCUGAUGUGAACUACUUCUGAACUCUCAGGACGCAGAGUCAUCUGGGCCAGAAUGUUUGGCCGGCUGUGCCUCUCACCAUCCUCUGGGGUAUUUGGGAUGCUAGAAGUGACUUCGUCUCUUCCGUGAUGAACCAUUCACUAUCUUGAUCUGUGGGCGUACCCUUUGUAAAUCCAGCAGACAAGCGAUUCAUUUAUCGCUGACGUUUGCAAGCAUAUGCGUGCUUGUAGUCUUGUGACUCAAAAAUUCUGAUUCUCUGUUUGGGUUGAUGAUGUUUGGUAGAGCUUCUAUUGCUUCUGAUUCACUGUAAAAAAAAUGACUCACUU